UCAGGCUAGAGCUCCCCGAGCACGUCUGGAGGACCCCAAACCCCGGCGCUCCAGCCGCUUCCGUCCCGGGCCGUCCGACUUCUCAGCGGCGGGCCGGCCACCAGCGACUGUGCGACAGUACCCUCCGGCCGUUUGCUCGCUAUGCCUCUACCGCGGGGCGACGUCACCGCCUUGUUCCUGGGGCCCCCGGGCGCGGGGAAGUCCGCGCUGGUUGCAGCGCUGUGCAACAAGGACGUGGACGUGGUGGAGAUCCCCGAUGGGCGGCCGGACCCCGGGCUCCCCAGCCUGCGAGCUGCGGGCCCAGGCCUCUUCCUGGGUGAGCUGAGUUGCCCACCCGCUGCGCCGGGGCCCUGGGCAGCGGAGGCCAACAUGUUGGUCCUGGUGCUGCCCAGCCCUGAGGGCACCGACGAGCCCUUGGCCCCAGCGCUGGGGGAGGCAGCGCGGGCCGCACUGGCCCGAGGAACCCCGCUGCUGGCUGUGCGGAACCUCCGUCCUGGGGACUCAGAGGAUGAAGCCCAGGCCCGGGAUCAGACAGCGGCCCUCCUGGACGCCGCUGGGUUGGGAGCCGUGCCUCUCUAUGUGCUGCAGGCGGACUGCGACGGCUGCGAGGAACUGGAGCGCCUGCGGGCGACGCUGCGGAGCCAGGCGGAGGCGCUGCAGAGGCUCCUGCCACCGGCUCAGGAUGGCUUCGAGGUGCUGGGAGCAGCUGAGCUAGAGGCUGUACGAGAGGCCUUCGAGAGGGGUGGCCUGGAGGCAGCGCUCUCCUGGGUUCGUGCUGGCCUGGAGCGACUGGGUAGCGCCCGGCUGGACCUGGCCAUCGCCGGCACUGCUGACACGGGCUUUGUGCUGGACAUGCUGCUUGGGUUGGAUACGGGGGACCCAGGUGCUGUGCCGGCUUCGGCCCCCCCUGGGCCCACACCCUAUCCGGCCCCAGAGCGCCCCAAUGUGGUGCUCUGGACCAUCCCUCUGGGCUCCGCGACUGCUGCUGCCGUCCCCCACCCAACCCACUACGAUGCCCUCAUCCUGGUCACCCCUGGAGCCCCCACUGAGGAGGACUGGGCCCAGGUCCGGCCCUUGGUGCUACCGGAUGCCCCGUUGGUCUGUGUGCGAAUAGACGGUGAGGGCGAGGACCCGGAGUCUCUGGAAGAAGAGGAAAAGGCCGAGAAGCCCAGCAGGGAGAGCUUAGAGAACGCAGGUGGAGGGGGGCUGGAGGAGGCACGCAGCGAGGGAAGGGACCCACGUGGCCCUGGGUCGCAGAAAGCAGGCGGCGAUGGGGAAGGUUCAGAGAAAGCAGGCAGUGAGCCUUUGCAGCAGGUUGGCGUCAACACGAAGCAAUCGGGCAGUGGGGACCCCGAGCGUGCGGCCGCCUGGAGCCCUGAGGACGACACGUGGGAGGUGCUGGAGGAGGCGCUGCCGCCCGUGUUCCCCCUGCGGAGGGGCGGGCUCCCCGGGCUCUGCGAGUGGCUGCAGCGCGCGCUCCCCGCAGCCCAGGCGGGCGCGCUGUUGCUGGCGCUGCCCCCCACGUCCCCGCGUGCAGCCCGAACCAAGGCCGCGGCGCUGCGGGCUGGGGCCUGGCGGCCGGCUCUGCUGGCCAGCCUGGCGGCGGCGGCGGCACCCGUACCCGGGCUCGGCUGGGCCUGUGACGUGGCACUUCUGCGCGGGCAGCUAGCAGAGUGGCGGCGGGCGCUGGGGCUCGAACCCGCAGCGCUGGCUCGGCGCGAGCGCACGCUGGGCUUGGCUCCCGGGGAGCUGGCCAAGCGGACGCGCUUCCCCGGCCCAGUGACGCGCGCCGAAGUGGAGGCGAGGCUGGGCGCCUGGGCUGGCGAGGGCACGGCAGGGGGCGCGGCGCUGGGGGCGCUCUCCUUCCUGUGGCCCGCGGGCGGCGCGGCGGCCACGGGCGGCCUGGGCUACCGCGCGGCCCACGGCGUCCUGCUGCAGGCGCUGGACGAGAUGCUGGCGGAUGCGGAGGCAGUGCUGGCACCGCACGCGCCUGCUCAGUGAGAGGUGGGGUGAAGGCCAGGGCCACCGGGGUGCUCCGCCAGGGGCUGAGGACUCCCAAGUCCGGUUUAGAGGAAGGGGUUUGGGGGUCCAGACUCUGGCCUGGGAUGUCUGGGCCUCAGAUAACAGAGCAAGUAUGUCUCGCCAAUCCGAAUCCUGGGUGCUUGAGGGGAUGAGGCUGGCUAUUGGUUGGGUUAUGUGACUUCUAGUCACCCGGAUUCCUAGGUCUUGAAGGGGAAUGGAAUCUGGGAGUCAGGACUCCUGAUUUCUCUGGGGAUCAUGGGGCAGGACCCCUGGACUUGUGUCCUGAAGGGAGUUGAGCAGUUGGACUCCAGAAGGGAGUAGAUCCUGCAUGUACGGGACAUCUAGUCCUCCAGGGGUAGGUGGUGUGGAAGCCCUGAUUCCUGGUGAGGGACUCGUCGGUCGUCCUGGGGGUUCCAGGAUGGAGGAAGGGAUCUGGGUACUCCAGGGAGCUGGAACUCUUGGACUUCUAAGGCACAAAGGGAUGUAGGGAGUAGGCUUUCUAGGGGGAAGGAUGUAGUGGGCUUUGAACCUUCAUGAGGGGGAGGGCAGUCUCGGGGGUCUCAGACUCCUGGCUCCCAAGAGGCCUGUGGACCUUGGUUCCUGACUCCUGGAUGGUGGGAGGCCUGCGUCUAGAGGAGGGAACAGGGCUGUGUGACAGAGCUAGAAACCCUCCGGUCUCUCUUGGGGAGGAGAGAGAUGUUCAGUAUUUGCUCCUGGGGAAGGGGGACCCCAGCAUUUGUGGGGAGGAUGGCCACACAAGAAUGAGGGGAGGAGGUAAGGGGUCUGGUGGGCUCUGGGGGGUGGCCAGACACCAGGAAUGAGGCUUUCUGGCAGUAGACGGGCAGGAACCCGUACCUCAGGUAUCUCCUACAAAUCCCUAAUGGAUGUGGUCCUGGAAAUGCCCCUCUCUCUGGAGGGAUAAGACCGCCCCAUUUUAUAGGUGCUGCGUGACUUGGGAGCUCUCUGGGGAGUCUGUUCCUCUUUUCCCCGCUCUCCUUUAGUGGCUUCUGAUUUUGGACUUGGUUUCUGCUGUCGUUAAACCUGAACCCUUUCUGGUCUUGGCAUUUUUGUCCAUCUGCCUUUUUGGAGAAGCCGCUGUGCUGCUGCACUAAUCCACACGUUUCUGUGUUGGCUCCCUUGGUGUACACAGGAGUGCCGCAGUGAGCGAGGGACCCAAAGACCGCUGGGCAGGUGUUGCAGCCUGUGGGAAUGGGCCGCAAGUGAGGCAAAGGCAGAAGCCAUAUGCCUGGGAUGUUUUAGGCUGCACCUACACGUAGAGGAGCAGCCACAGGUCACAGAAUUCUUCAGUGUCAAAAACAGCAAGUGGGGGGGGGGGGGGGGAUGGGAG